AUGUUGAGGGGUAAUUGCUUCGAUCGAAGUUUUAUGUUUGCGUGUGGAAUUGCUUCGAUCGAAGUUCGAGCAGCUUAUUUGUAUGGGGUACAAUUUUGUCUGUGGCAAGACACUCUGUUGUUAAGAAUUAUAGAAAGGCUUGCUCGAGCUGAAAAGACAAGCCUUCUAUUUCAGGAGUGCAUUAUAUUUCAUCACUCUGACUUGUUUGAUGAAAGAACAUCACAUAGUUUGGCGAAAAAGCAGCUGCUCUUUGAGAAGCUACUCAACAACCAAGAGGUUGGGCGACGAGUAGUCGAGGUAGCUUGCUAUUCUUCUAUCUCUCAUUUUCUCCUGUCUUCUGUUUGCCCGUCCCAUCAGGAAGAAGGGUCCGACUCAUCUAUCAACCUAUCUCCGGGUCUAUAA